AUGUUUCCCUUUUCCCAGUGGAUCAACGACACCAUCCUGGUGCCCCUGGUGGAGGAGAUGGAGUCAGUGAGCACCCAGCUGAGGAGGAUGGGCUGCCCCGAGCUGCAGAUCGGAGAGGCCAGCAUCAGCAGCCUGAAGCAGGCGGCCCUGGUGAAAGCUCCUCUCAUCCCGACCCUCAACGCCCUGGUGCAGUACCUGGAUCUCACCCCCAACCAGGAAUAUCUGGUGGAAAGGAUCAGAGAGCUCUCCCAGGGCGGCUGCAUGAGCUCCUUCCGAUGGAACGGAGGAGGGGACUUCAAGGGCCGCAAGUGGGACACGGACCUGCCCACGGACUCCUCGAUCCUCAUGCACGUGUUCUGCACCUACCUGGACUCCAGGCUCCCUCCUCACCCCAAAUAUCCCGACGGCAAAACCUUCACCUCCCAGCACUUCAUCCAGAGCCCGGAUAAACCAGACACUUCCAACGAGAACCUGUUCUGCAUCUACCAGAGCAGCAUCAACCCACCCCACUACGAGCUCAUCUACGAGUGCCACGUCUACAGCCUGCCCAAGGGCAGGAACAACAUGUUCCACACCCUGCUCAUGUUCCUGUACAUCAUCAAGACCAAGGAAUCCGGGAUGCUGGGGCGUGUCAAUCUGGGAUUGUCGGGAGUCAACAUCCUGUGGAUCUUCGGGGACUGACGGAUCCCUGCUCCGAGACAUCCACGUGGUCGGUUUAAACCCGGAUCAUUUAAGCUCAGCUUAAAGGGGAAGCGCCUGGAAUUCCUGCCUGGAUUUCUUCCCGAGGCAUCCCAUGGAAUAUUUCACCUGGGAACAAGCUCCAGGCAGGAUUAGGAUUCUCCUUCCCGCUCCUCACCU